AAGUGUAUUUAUUUAUUUUAAUGUCAGCCCUGUACAGACUUAAAUGACCAAAAGUCCAAUCAAGAUGCUUGACUGCGACAUGGAAACAUGUUCAUUUCUCUUCAUUUGAAAAACAAAUGUCUUGUAGAAACAUGGACCAACGGUGCGGGCUUCAUCCGAGUGUCCACAGCGCUCAGCGAGUCCUCCUCCAUCCACAGCGACGCCUUGUUCCAUCUGAACAAGGACGUGUCCGGGGUGGCACUGGAGCCCAUGCCCUACACCAUCAUGGAGGCCGAGCGUUACAAAGAGGAGCCAUGGGCUGAGGAAUCACAGAGUUUGUUACAGCGCAAAAGCAUGCAGAUCUCCCCGGGUGAAGACAAGAUCCCGGUUGUGGGACCAACUGUGAGCCCUCAGAGCAGCGCUGAAGGCCUCUGUUUUUCUGAUGGCCGACGGAAAGUUGACUACGUCCUGGUCUUCCAUCAGCGGCGGCACGGCUCCAUACGAUCUCCGGCCAGCACCUCGGUUUCACAUGACAGGUUAUCCAUUGUUUCCAAUGGCAACUUUCCCCCUUCGGUAGGCCCAGAUGUGGAGGCUGGAAGGGGAGGCGGCGUACAAGGAGAAGCUGCGAAUGCCGGCGAGGUGUUCAUGGAGCUUGGAUGUUCAGGAGGGAACGAGCCGACGGAGCCCGCUGACCAUGAGAUGCGGCUAAUCAGACAGGAAUUUGAAGCCAACCUGCUGGAGGCCGGCCUGGAGAUAGAGAGAAACAAUGAGUUAAAGACCCACGGCCCCAGCUUCACUCGUCUCCAUGCGCCCUGGCCAGUUCUGUGUCGAGAGGCUGAGUUUCUAAAGAUUAAAGUCCCCACCAAGACGAGUUAUGAACUUAAAGAGGAAAGUGGUUUUGGGUCCAGAAUGAGCACCAUGUGGAGGAAAUUAAACCAGCCUUUCCAGCCCAAAGUCCCACAUCAGGACCAUGAACGCACCAAGUUUCUCUCACACUGCUUCUCUAGGGACAAAAUCCACUUGUACAACAUCACAUCUAAAGACACUUUCUUUGACAACGCAACCAGGGGCAGGAUAGUAUAUGAGAUCCUGAGACGGACGGUGUGUGUACGAACCUGUCAAACCAUAGGCAUCAGCACAUUGAUAGCUAAAGGCGUGUAUGACUCUGCCUUCCCUCUCCACGAUGGUGACUACAAGGUUAUCGGCGACCUGGAGGAGAGGAACGACAGACAGGUUCUGCAUGAGGAGUGGGCCAGAUACUCAGCCUUUUACAAGUACCAGCCCAUUGACCUUGUCAGAAAGUACUUUGGGGAGAAGAUCGGCUUGUACUUCGCAUGGCUCGGUGUUUAUACUCAGUUGCUGGUUCCAGCCUCCAUUGUGGGGAUUAUUGUGUUUGGCUACGGGGUGGCGACAGUGGAUACUAACAUACCCAGCCAGGAGAUGUGUGACGAGAGUCUCAAUUUCACCAUGUGUCCCCUGUGUGACGGAGCCUGCGACUUCUGGCGGCUCAGCACGGCCUGCGGCACCGCCCGAGCCUCCCACCUCUUCGACAACCCCGCAACCGUCUUCUUCGCCAUCUUCAUGUCUCUGUGGGCGGUUCUUUUCCUGGAGCACUGGAAGCGCCGACAGAUCAGUUUGAGCUUCAGCUGGGAUCUCACCGACAUCGAGGAGGACGAGGAACAUCCCAGGCCAAAAUACGAGACGAUCCUCCUUCAGAAGAGACAGAGGAAGCAGAAGAAUAAGAAAAAGAAGAAAAAGAAUGAGCCAGAGAAGCAGGAGGACGGGACAGUGACAGGGAAGGACAGAUGGAGACAAAAGCUGCUGUCUGCCAUGGCUGCAGGAAUACCGGCUGCUAUAGAGAAGUUAACCUGGAAGGAUCGUCUUCCUGGAUACUUCAUCAACGUCUCCUCUAUCCUCUUCAUGUUUGGCUUGACGUUUUCAGCAGUUUUCGGCGUCAUCAUCUACCGCAUCACAGUGUCGGCCCUGAUGGCGAUGAGCCCCGACCCGGAGACCAAGUCCAAUGUUCGGGUAACGGUGACGGCCACCGCUGUCAUCAUCAACCUGGUGGUUAUCCUGAUCCUCGAUGAAAUCUACGGCGCUGUGGCAUUGUGGCUGACUGAGCUAGAGAUUCCUAAAACGGAAACCAACUUUGAGGAGCGUCUCAUCCUGAAAGCCUUCCUGCUCAAGUUUAUGAACGCAUACGCACCCAUCUUUUAUGUGGCGUUCUUCAAGGGACGGUUUGCUGGUCGACCUGGAAACUACGUGUAUGUCUUUAAUGAUUUUCGGAUGGAAGAGUGUGCACCGGGAGGCUGCCUCAUUGAGCUGUGCAUUCAGCUCAGCAUCAUCAUGCUGGGGAAGCAGCUGAUCCAGAACAACAUCUUCGAGAUCGGGAUCCCGAAGUUAAAGAAGUUGGUACGUGCGAUAAAGGAUAAAGGAUCAGCUGAGAAGGAGAGGGAGGAGGAGAGACCUCCACAGCAGUGGAACCUUGACUACGCCCUGGCUCCCUUUGAAGGCCUCACACCUGAGUACAUGGAGAUGAUCAUCCAGUUUGGGUUCGUCUCCCUGUUCGUGGCUUCGUUCCCGCUCGCUCCUCUCUUCGCUCUGCUCAACAAUGUCAUCGAGAUCAGACUGGAUGCCAAGAAGUUUGUGACAGAGCUGCGCAGGCCAGUCGCCGUACGAGCUAAAGACAUUGGUAUAUGGUACAACAUACUGAGCGGAAUGGGGAAAUUCUCAGUCAUUAUAAAUGCCUUUGUGAUCUCCUUCACGUCAGACUUCAUCCCUCGGCUCGUCUACCUGUACAUGUUCAGCCAGACGGGCACCAUGCACGGCUUCAUCGACCACACGCUCUCCUACUUCAACGUGUCUAAUUUUAAACCUGGCACCGCCCCGCAGAGCUCUGAGCUCGGAGACAUCACCGUCUGCCGGUAUAAAGACUACAGGGAACCCCCCUGGGCUCCGGACGCCUACACCUUCUCCAAACAGUACUGGUGUGUCCUGGCUGCAAGACUGGCUUUCGUCAUUCUGUUCCAGAAUCUUGUGAUGUUCCUCAGCCUCGUUGUUGCCUGGGUGAUCCCCGACGUUCCCAAAACCAUCGUGGAGCAGCUCAAACAGGAGAAGAAGCUCUUGGUCGACGUGUUCUUGAGGGAAGAGAAGGAAAAAUUCCAGCUCAUCCAGAGCCUCUUCUCCAAGGAUGCCACCCUCCAACGGGGCAGCCACGUGCUCUUCCCCGGCCAGGCGCCCACCAUCCCGGGUCGCUACAGCACCCUACCCACGGGUCCAACGCAGCAGGGUCUGGCCGGUGACAGAGGAGGAGAAGGGCCCAGGGCGAGGUGCAGGGCCGCCAGCUUCAGCCAGUUCACCAGGAAGAUUCCCCCGUCGCCCAAAAGUGAAAAUGAGAAUUCGAGACAGACAGCGGUGUGACAUGUAAACUACACAUGUGUCGGGGCGCCUCAGCUGGGCCUCGGGACUGGAGAACAUGUUGCCCGGGUGAUAUGGUCCGUGAAUGUCUCUGCCUGUGUCUUCUUGUGUCCUAGUAUGUGUGACGCAGUAGUGCUGUGAUUACAAAAGAAAAACACAGCAUCAUUUUUGAACUAGGUUGACUUAAUUGGUCUCAGUGUGGUUGAAUGUGUCAUGUCCACACUGGUCGACUGGGUAUCCGUGUGUUGUUCCUGCUCGUACCGACUGUUCACCUGAUAAAGUGUUAUAAUUUUUACUUUUUGGUAAAAAUAAAUUACUUAGCGAGGCAGACUUGCUUCAUAGCGUAGAUAAGCAAUAAUUACUGUAUUAGGCUGAACACAUGAAUAUUACUAGAACCCGGAAGAAAACUGGAGAUAGAGAAAGGACUAUUAAGAAAUGGACAGAUUCAACACAAACUGAUCAAUGGACAUCGUGGCUCAUUUCUGGAGCUGGGGACUGUCUGAUUUUUCCUGCUUUAUGUGCUAAUGCUCUUUAUGUAUUUUGGUUUUUAACAGAAUUUGUAGCAGCCACAACAUUCCACAUUUUCUGUACUUAUCAAUACAUGGCACUGAAAGCACAUGUGAGCCUUGUAGAAGAGCAAAUCAUUGUCUUUACACCCUUGACCGUGGUACAGGUGAUUUGUACGCCGUAGAAUUCAGGAAUCACUUUGAAUCAAUGUCAUAUUUUACUAAAGUUGUAUUGUAAGUCAUUACACAGCUGCCGGUGUUGUUUCUCCACACCCUGCCCUACGUAGUGGAUGGCCGGAUGCACAUGCCAAUGUGGCAUACUGUUGUACGCGACUCAAUUCAAGCUACAGUUUUAGCAAAUAAUUUGUCCUGUUAGCCGUAUGGAUCAGCUGCAGCGCACUAAAUGUGAUAAGUUUGGAAGCCGACUCCUUCGCACACUUAGAAUGGGAGUGAUCUAUAAAUUAUCUCACUGUUCUUACCAUUCAAGGGAACAUAUACCUGCAGCAUCCAUUCAUUGUGAAAUACCAGACUGUGCACUCUAAUAUUCCUGGAGGUAAGUAAUACAUCAGGGUUCGUAACAUUCAAAUAGAAGAGCUGUAUCUUGCAUAAAAGAACCUACUAGUGUCACUCAACCUCUGCCGGCCAUGUCGGAAGGCUUCAGAUAUCAAUAAACACUACUUCUUCUUC